AUGGAGUAUGUGCUUUCUCGGAAAACAGUGAGCAGAGUCAUGUUGGUGCUAAUCGUAACAAUGACGUGGCUCAUAGCCGGAGACGCAGGAGGCACGAAGCCUGAGGAGCGACUGUUCAACGUUGAGAAGCUGGAGAUGUUCGUUGACAGGCUUCCUCAUAUUCCCACUCUUCAUGGCUACCACUUUGCCAACGGCUUCCGCAAACCCAAAUCUCUGCAAAUCGGCAUGUUCUUCAAGAAAUGGAAAUUCCACAGAGAUUUACCUGCCACGCCAGUGUUUGCAUACGGUGUAUCCAAGCGUAAGGCAACAGUUCCUGGACCAACAAUCGAAGCCGUUUACGGAGUUGAUACCUAUGUGACGUGGCGAAAUCACCUCCCUUCAACUCACAUUCUCCCAUGGGACCCAACAAUCUCCCCUGCGAUCGCCAAACGCGGCGGCAUUCCCACGGUGGUCCACUUACACGGCGGAAUCCACGAACCAGCCAGCGAUGGAAACGCCGAUUCCUGGUUCACCGCCGGUUUCAAAGAGACCGGAACAAAAUGGACCAAAACUACGUCGCAUUACGUCAACAAGCAGCAACCUGGAAACAUGUGGUACCACGACCACGCCGCCGGUUUGACCAGAGUCAACCUUCUCGCCGGUUUGGUAGGCGCUUACAUUCUCCGCCAUAGCUCCGUCGAAUCGCCUCUCCGGUUACCCACCGGCCGCGAAUUCGACCGUCCGUUGAUCAUAUUUGACCGGAGUUUCCGUAGAGACGGUUCGAUUUACAUGAACGCAACCGGAAACAACCCGUCGAUUCACCCGCAAUGGCAGCCGGAGUAUUUUGGCGACGCAAUCAUCGUAAACGGAAAAGCUUGGCCGAUGUUAACCGUUCGCCGUCGAAAAUACCGAUUUCGAAUCACAAACGCCAGUAACGCCAGAUUCUUCCGGUUCUUCUUCUCCAACGGUCUCGACUUCAUCGUCAUAGGUUCCGAUUCGGCGUAUCUAGCUAAACCGGUGUCGACCAAAUCGGUUCUCCUCGCUCCGUCGGAAAUCGUUGACGUAGUCGUUGACUUUUCGAAGUCAACGUCGAAAACGGCAAUCCUCGCCAACAACGCACCUUAUCCUUACCCGUCGGGAGAUCCAGUCACGGAAGAGAACAGCAAAGUUAUGAAGUUUAAAAUCAAGGACGAAUCAGAUUCUGACACGUCGAUCAUCCCGAAGAAACUGAUUCAGUACCCGUCUGCUGACGUGUCAGCCUCGGUCCGAACGCGUUACAUAGCUAUGUUCGAAUACGUAUCGAGCGCUGACGAACCGACCCAUCUAUACAUCAAUGGCUUGCCUUAUAACGCUCCUGUAACGGAAACUCCGAAAAUCGGCACGAGCGAGGUGUGGGAAGUUAUUAAUUUGACGGAAGAUAACCAUCCGUUGCACAUACACUUGGGAUUGUUCAAAGUGUUGGAGCAAACGGAGUUGGUGGAGAAAGAUAAGUUUACCGACUGCAUGACGGAGAAAAACGACGCCGUCAAGUGCCAGAUCAGCAAGUACGCACGUGGGAAUAAGACGGCGGUGACGGCACACGAGCGGGGAUGGAAAAAUGUAUUCAAGAUGAUGCCGGGACAUGUAACUAAGAUCCUCGUCAGAUUUUCUUACAUUCACUCCAACGAAUCUUAUUCUUUCGACGCCACUCAAGAGCCAGGCUACGUCUACCAUUGCCACAUAUUGGACCACGAAGAUAAUAUGAUGAUGAGGCCUUUUGAGAUGGUCAAGUGA